UUGCCCCAGCUCCGUGCCGCUGUUCGGUGUCGGUGCUUGCAGGGUGAUGAAUCCAACUCUGGGUCCGUGGAUGUGAACGGCUGUCCGUCUCUUGCAGAUCUCACCAAUAUAUUUGAAUCGUUCCUGCCCCAGCUGCUGGCCUAUCCUAACCCCAUAGAUCCUCUAAAUGGUGACGCUGCAGCCAUGUACCUCCACCGACCAGAAGAGUACAAACAGAAAAUUAAAGAAUACAUUCAGAAAUAUGCAACAGAAGAAGCACUAAAAGAACAGGAAGAAGGCACCGGGGACAGCUCGUCCGAGAGCUCCAUGUCCGACUUCUCGGAAGAUGAGGCUCAGGAUAUGGAGUUGUAGUAGAAGAGGCAACCUGCUUUUCAGAGAGACUCUAAUUUCCUAACCAUGAGAAGCAGACUAUAAUAUUCAUAUUUAAACAAAGCAAUUUUUUUUAUUACUAAACAAGGUUUUUAUGAAUAAUAGCAUUGAUAUAUAUAUAUAUAUAUCACCCUUUAGAUCUUGAUUUUUUUUUUUUCUUGGUCGUUUCUCAACCCGAGGUGCAUCGCAUAUUCCCACAUUCCAUUUUGGUAGCAAUAUGCAGCCCGAAUGCAUGCAUUCAGAUUCCAUUUGGCCAAGUCAACUUGUGUGCUACUGAACUGUCAGCUACGACAGCUGCCCUGGUAGGUAGGGAGUUAGCCGAGACGUUUGCUUUCUGAUCGAUGUUUCCAAAGCCACCACCUUGGAUGCUGACCUGGAACGGCGUUUUUUUUUCUCAAAGUAACAAAGGAAAAAAAAUCUGGGGGAUAAUAAGCUAACCGUGUAGAUCAGACAGUGGAAGAACAAAAGGUGCUCCUUCAGGUCAACCUUGCUGAUCGUAUUUUGUGUGGAGUCACGUUUAAAACAAACAAAAAAGGUAAAUAACACAAAUGCAUGGAGCUAUUCAGAGCAUUGGAGCUUAAGAAUUUUGACUUGGAUUCUCAGUCCGUUUUUCUGCGUGGACUCCUGCCUGCCCUUCCGAACUGUAGGGACUGACAACCACUGGUCUGUUCGCUUUUGGGACUUUUUGAAAGCCUUCACCGGGAUGUUGCUCACUUUCUUGGUCUGGAUUACGAGCUGUUCCCUUCUCGGGAGGAAAAAAAAAAAAACACAAAACACACAAACAAUGCUCUCUAAGCAGUGCUUUGAUUUAGCUGGAGCACAUGUGAAGCCCGACUCUUACUUUGUCAUAGGUUUUGAAACUGCUGCCCUUUAACGGCUUCAGGUUUUGCUUUUUCUCUUGCUUGGAGUAUGGUUCAACACCUCGCAGACACCUCUGGCCCCUCGGAGGGUUCUCUGACCAGAUGGAUCAGCCUCGCUGAGAGCUUCAGAUCCACGACGAUUGGCCCAUUGGCUGUAGUCCACGAAUCCAGCGGCACUGAUUUCAUUUUCCUUUCCCCUUCUGCACCAGCUUGGUAGCCAUCUGCUUGUGUGUGUACAACAGGAUUUAAAAUUUCUUAAAGUUAACAAAAAAAAAAAAAA